AUGCCACCCUUUGAGAAGCUUCGGAAAAUGCACAGCCCUUUCCCGGGCUCCUUUCGCAGUGAAUGUAACAAAGCCGGCCAGAUUCUAGACGCCUUUACAAAUCCUAUGAACCCGGACGGUCGUGACAGUCUCAUUCCCCCGAAGAUUCUCGGAGCUGCCAAGGCAAGUGGCAUUACGACGGGCUUCGCAAUAUUCUCCGUCUCGAAACUGGGUAUCGUUGGAUCAGUACGAAUGGGCUCGGGCAUCUUAAUCGCCCGUCUCGAGGAGGGCGACUGGUCUGCGCCUUCGGCCAUUCUGACAGCGGGAGUUGGAGUAGGGUCCCAGGUGGGCUUGGAGGUGACCAACUUCGUCUUCGUCCUCAACACAACCAGCGCCGUUCGCACAUUCGCCCAGCUGGGGAGUUUAUCCCUGGGCAAGACUGCCUCAUUUGCCAUGGGCCCAUCAGGGAGGUUUGGAGAAGUCAACGGGGUGGUCAGUGCUGGUGGAAUGGCAGGCAUUUUCGUCUACGGUCAUAAUCAGGGCUUCUUUGGGGGCUUCAGCACCGAAGGGAGCAUGAUCUUUGAACGCCGCGGCGCAAACCAGAAGCUGUACGGGAAGAAGGUCAAGGCGCGCGAUUUGAUCGAGGGCCAGUUCCCACCCCCAGAUGAGGCAGACGAGUUGAUGCGCGUGUUGCGCUCCGAUCUUUUUGCUCCUCGACCAGAAUUGUACGCGACCUCCUCGGCAUCCACCAAAGGCUCCAUCUCGUCCGGACGGCCGUCACAGUCAUCUGCAGGAACGGAUAUCCAGAAGAUGCCCAUUGAGAUGCCCGCCGACGAGAUCGUCCAGUUACCCGCCGAACUGCCCGCCGAAUUCAUCGCCGAGCUCCCAGCAGAGGUGGUGCCAGACAUAUACUACGACAAAUCGGUUGGCUCGUCGGAGACUCUGCUGCCCGAAUUGCCCUCCGAGACAGCCUCGCUGCGGCCUGCGAAGAGUUGA